GGAGUCUAGCUCUGUCGCCCAGGCUGGAGUGCAGUGGUGCGAUCUUGGCUCGCUGUCACCUCUGCCUCCCAGGUUCACGCCAUUCUCCUGCCUCAGCCACCACGCCCGGCUAAUUUUUUGUAUUUUUAGUAGAGACGUGGUUUCACCAUGUUAGCCAGGAUGGUCUUGAUCUCCUGACCUCAUGAUCCACCCUUCUCAGCCUCCCAAAGUGCUGGGAUUGCAGGUGUGAGCCACUGUGCCUGGCCUAGUUACAACUUUUUAAAAAUAUAAAAAGCCUUCUUAGGUCACAGGCUUAAUAAACAGGCUGUGGGCUGUAGUUUGCUUACUCCUGCCUCAAUCCAUUUACAUUUAUUGGUUAUGUUUAAAUGUCAUCUUGCUGUUUUUUUCUCUUUUUGUCCUAUCUGUUCUUGGUUUAAAUAUAUAUUUACACAGAUAACACAGGAAUAUAGGCUUGGUAUAAAAAUUUCAAACUAUAUAGAAGUAUACAAAAUAAAAAGUAAGGCUUCCAUUUCAUUGUUUAGGGCUUAUCUUACUUUUCUUAGUAAAGAUUGUCACUUACCAUUUUGGUAUUUAUCUUUCUAGACCUUUUCUUUGAGGUCAGCAUAUGUGUGUUACGUUCUACUUUUUUUAUAUAUCUGUAAACGAGAUUAUACUUUACACAAUGCUCUGUAGCUUGUUUUUUCACUAAAGAACAUCUUAGAGAUAUUUCCAUGUCAUAAAAUCCUAAUUGUAGUAAAAGACACAUAAUAUAAAACCUCAGUCUUGACCUUGUUUUUAUGAAUUCUUUUUUUUUUAAUUUUAAUUUUUAUUUCCAUAGGUUUUUGGGGAACAGGUGGUACUUGGUUCCGUGAAUAAGUGGUGAUUUCUGAGAUUUUGGUGCACACAUUACCUGGGCAGUGUAUACUGUACCCAACAAUUUGUAGUCUUUUAUUUCUCACCCCCUUCCCACCCUUUCCCCUGAGUCUCCAAAGUCCAUUGUAUCAUUCUUAUGGCUUUGCAUCCUCAUAGAUUAGCUCCCACUUAAGAGUGAGAACAUAUGAUGUUUGAGUCUUAACCAUUUUUAAGUGUAUAUAGUUCACUAUUGUUAAGUGUAUUCACAUUGCAGUGCAAGGAUCUCUAGAACCUUGUCAUCUGCUAAGCUCUGAAACUGUACACAUUAAGUAACAACUCUCCAUUUCCUGCUCAGCCCUUGGCAGCCACUUUCCAUUCAUGAAUUUGAUUACUUUAGAUACCUCAUAUUAGUGUAAUAUUUGUAUUUAUAUUUUUGUGACUGACUUAUUUCACUUAACAUAAUAUCCUUAAGGUUCAUCCUUGUUAUAGCAUAUGACAGGAUUUUCUUCUCUUAUAAGGCUUAAUAUUCUGUUGUAUGCGUAUACUGCAUUUUGUUCAUCCAUUCAUCUUUCAAUGGACAUUUGGGUUGCUUCCACUGCUUGGCUGUUGUGAAUAAUGCUGCUAUGAACAUGGGUGUGCAAAUAUCUAUUUGAGAUCCUGCUUUCAGUUCUUUGGAUAUAUACCCAGAAGUGGGAUUGCUGGACCAUAUGCUCACUAAAUAGCCUACCUGAAUUUUUUCUACCUGAGGCUAUACACCAUUUUACUUCUCGUCUUCAGGAAGAAUUGAAUACUACUGACUUAUACUCUUACAGGAAAGUUAUUGACAAUAUUUCUUCCUGUAUGGAGAACUUUAACUUGGGUAGAGCAAGUGUUAAUAAUCUGCUUAAAAAUGUGCUACAUUUUCUGCAGAAGAGUUUAAUUGAAAUCCUGGAAGAAAAUAGAAAAUGUGCUGGAAAUCAUAUUAUUCAAACACAGUUGAUGAAUGACUUUUUGGUAGGCAUUAGGCUUUCAAUGAUGUUAGUACAGAAAGUACAAGAUUUCCAGGGAAAUCUUUGGAAGGCUUCCAGUUCUCCCAUAUGGCAAAAUAUGUGUGGAUUGCUGAGUAUUUUUACCAAGAUUUUAAGCGAUGAUGAUCUAUUACAGACUGUACAGAGCACAUCUGGAUUAGCUGUUAUUCUUUUUAUUAAGACUAUGUUUCACCCAUCUGAAAAGAUUCCUCAUUUGAUUAGCAGUGUGCUGCUUCGUUCAGUGGACUGCACCAGCGUCCCCGAGUGGUUUAUGAGCAGCUGCAGGAGCCUCUGUUGUGGUGACGUCUCUGAGUCAGCUGUCUUAUUCCUCUGUCAGGGGACACUUGCCAUGUUGGACUGGCAGAAUGGGAGCAUGGGUCGGAGUGGGGAGGCCCUGCUCGUGGAUACUGCACAUGUUUUGUUCACAUUGAGUUCACAGAUUAAAGAGCCAACGCUGGAAAUGUUUCUGUCUAGAAUCUUGGCUUCCUGGACUAAUUCAGCCAUACAAGUCCUUGAAUCAAGUUCUCCGAGCCUAACAGACAGCCUGAAUGGGAAUUCAAGUAUAGUUGGGAGACUUUUGGAAUAUGUCUAUACCCAUUGGGAACAUCCAUUGGAUGCUCUGAGACACCAAACCAAAAUCAUGUUCAAAAACCUUCUCCAAAUGCACCGGCUCACUGUGGAAGGUGCAGAUUUGGUCCCUGAUCCUUUCUUUGUGGAAUUGACUGAGAGUCUUCUACGAUUGGAAUGGCAUAUUAAAGGAAAGUACACGUGCCUUGGUUGUUUGGUAGAGUGCAUAGGAGUUGAACAUAUUUUGGCUAUAGAUAAAACUAUUCCAUCUCAAAUCUUAGAGGUGAUGGGGGACCAGUCAUUGGUACCUUAUGCAAGUGACCUCUUGGAAACCAUGUUUAGAAAUCAUAAGAGUCAUUUGAAAUCCCAGACUGCUGAGAGUUCUUGGAUUGACCAGUGGCAUGAGACUUGGGUUUCUCCUCUCCUUUUUAUAUUGUGUGAAGGAAACUUGGAUCAAAAAUCUUACGUGAUUGAUUAUUACUUGCCAAAAUUAUUAAGUUACAGCCCUGAAAGCUUACAGUACAUGGUAAAGAUUCUUCAGGCUUCUAUUGAUGCUAAAACUGGACAAGAGCAAUCUUUCCCAUCUUUAGGGUCUUGUAAUAGCAGGGGGGCUCUGGGAGCUUUGAUGGCAUGUCUGCGAAUAGCUAGAGCUCAUGGACAUCUUCAGUCUGCAGCUGAUACCUGGGAGAACCUCGUGUCUGAUGCAAGAAUAAAGCAAGGCUUAAUUCAUCAGCAUUGCCAAGUAAGGAUAGAUACAUUAGGCUUGCUUUGUGAAAGUAAUCGGAGCACAGAAAUUGUUUCCAUGGAAGAAAUGCAGUGGAUUCAGUUCUUUAUUACAUACAAUCUUAACAGCCAGUCUCCAGGAGUGAGGCAACAGAUCUGUUCUCUUCUUAAAAAGUUGUUUUGUAGGAUACUGGAAAGUUCUCAGGUACUUUAUAAAUUGGAGCAGAGUAAAUCCAAACGUGAACCAGAGAAUGAGUUAACCAAACAGCACCCUUCUGUUUCUUUACAGCAGUAUAAGAAUUUCAUGUCAUCCAUUUGUAACAGUCUUUUUGAAGCAUUGUUUCCUGGAUCUUCCUACUCGACUAGAUUUUCAGCUUUAACCAUUUUAGGUUCAAUAGCUGAAGUUUUUCAUGUCCCAGAAGGCAGAAUUUAUACAGUAUAUCAGCUGAGUCAUGAUAUUGAUGUUGGUCGUUUCCAAACACUAAUGGAAUGUUUUACCAGCACUUUUGAAGACGUGAAAAUUUUAGCAUUUGAUCUUCUGAUGAAGUUAUCAAAAACAGCUGUACAUUUUCAGGAUUCGGAGAAACUGCAAGGCUUAUUUCAGGCAGCAUUGGAGCUCAGCACAAGCACCAAACCAUACGACUGUGUGACAGCUUCCUACCUGCUGAACUUCUUAAUCUGGCAGGAUGCUCUACCGUCAUCCUUGUCUGUCUACUUAACUCAGCAAGUUGCAUGUGAUAAUGGAGAUAAGCCUGCUGCUGUGGUGGAAAGGAACACAUUAAUGGUUAUCAAAUGCUUGAUGGAAAAUCUUGAGGAAGAAGUAUCUCAGGCUGAAAAUUCUCUGCUUCAGGCAGCAGCAGCAUUUCCAAUGUAUGGGCGAGUCCACUGUAUAACAGGAGCUUUGCAGAAGUUAUCUCUAAACAGCCUGCAGUUGGUGAGCGAGUGGAGACCUGUGGUAGAGAAGCUCCUUUUGAUGUCCUACAGGCUUUCCACUGUGGUGUCUCCAGUCAUUCGGAGCUCAUCCCCUGAAGGCCUCAUCCCAAUGGACACUGAUUCAGAGUCAGCAAGCCGCUUACAGAUGAUUCUGAAUGAGAUUCAGCCUCGAGAUACUAAUGAUUAUUUUAACCAAGCCAAAAUAUUGAAAGAACAUGAUAGUAGCUUUGAUAUGAAGGACUUGAAUGCUAGUGAAGUGAAUAUUGAUACUUCUACAGAAAUCAAAGGUAAAGAAGUAAAAACAUGUGAUGUAACUGCGCAGAUGGUGCUGGUAUGUUGUUGGAGAAGUAUGAAGGAAGUUGCUUUACUUUUAGGCAUGUUGUGCCAGCUUCUGCCCAUGCAGCCUGUGCCAGAAUCUUCUGAUGGAUUAUUGACGGUGGAGCAGGUAAAAGAAAUAGGAGAUUACUUUAAACAACACCUUUUGCAGUCCAGGCACAGAGGAGCAUUUGAACUGGCUUAUACUGGUUUUGUGAAACUCACUGAAGUACUAAACAGGUGCCCAAAUGUGAGUCUGCAAAAGCUGCCAGAACAGUGGCUAUGGAGUGUUUUAGAGGAAAUUAAAUGCAGUAAUCCUUCAUCUAAACUCUGUGCUACAAGGCGCAGUGCUGGAAUUCCUUUCUACAUACAGGCACUGUUGGCGUCUGAACCAAAGAAAGGCAAAAUGGAUUUGUUGAAAAUAACAAUGAAAGAGUUAAUCUCUUUGGCUGGGCCUACAGAUGACUUACAGAGUACAGUCCCCCAGGUUCAUGCUUUAAAUAUCCUUAGAGCAUUGUUCAGAGAUACGCGCCUGGGAGAAAAUAUUAUUCCUUAUGUUGCUGAUGGAGCUAAGGCUGCAAUUCUGGGUUUUACAUCACCGGUCUGGGCAGUGCGAAAUUCAUCCACACUUCUGUUUAGUGCCUUGAUCACAAGAAUUUUUGGAGUUAAAAGGGCAAAGGAUGAACAUUCCAAAACAAAUAGAAUGACAGGGAGAGAGUUUUUCUCUCGUUUCCCAGAACUCUAUCCUUUUCUUCUCAAACAGUUGGAAACUGUCGCCAAUACAGUAGACAGUGAUAUGGGAGAACCAAAUCGUCAUCCAAGCAUGUUUCUCUUACUUUUGGUGUUGGAGAGACUCUACGCUUCCCCGAUGGAUGGUACUUCUUCUGCUCUCAGCAUGGGACCUUUUGUUCCCUUCAUUAUGAGGUGUGGUCACUCACCUGUCUACCACUCCCGUGAAAUGGCAGCUCGUGCCUUGGUCCCAUUUGUUAUGAUAGAUCACAUUCCUAAUACCAUUCGAACUCUGUUGGCCACACUCCCCAGCUGCACUGACCAGUGUUUCCGGCAAAACCACAUUCAUGGGACACUUCUCCAGGUUUUUCAUUUGUUGCAAGCCUACUCAGACUCCAAACAUGGAACGAAUUCAGACUUCCAGCACGAGCUGACUGACAUCACUGUUUGUACCAAAGCCAAACUCUGGCUGGCCAAGAGGCAAAAUCCAUGUUUGGUGACCAGAGCUGUAUACAUUGAUAUUCUCUUCCUAUUGACUUGCUGCCUCAACAAAUCUGCAAAGGACAACCAGCCAGUUCUGGAGAGUCUUGGCUUCUGGGAGGAAGUCAGAGGGAUUAUCUCAGGAUCAGAGCUGGUAACGGGAUUCCCUUGUGCCUUCAAGGCGCCAGGCCUGCCCCAGUACCUCCAGAGCCUCACCAGACUAGCCAUUGCUGCAGUGUGGGCCGCGGCAGCCAAGAGUGGAGAGCAGGAGAGGGAUGUCCCCAUCUCUUUCUCUCAGCUGUUAGAAUCUGCCUUCGCUGAAGUGCGCUCACUGACACUGGAAGCCCUCUUGGAAAAGUUCUUAGCAGCAGCCUCUGGACUUGGAGAGAAGGGCCUGCCACCCUUGCUGUGCAACAUGAGAGAGAAGUUCUUAUUGUUGGCCAUGAAGGAAAAUCACCCAGAAUGCUUCUGCAAGAUACUGAAAAUUCUCCACUGCAUGGACCCUGGUGAGUGGCUUCCCCAGACGGAGCACUGUGUACAUCUGACCCCAAAGGAGUUCUUGAACUGGACGAUGGAUAUUGCUUCCAAUGAAAGAUCUGAAAUUCAGAGUGUAGCUCUGAGACUUGCUUCCAAAGUCAUUUCCCACCACAUGCAGACAUGUAUGGAGAACAGGGAAUUGAUAGCUGCUGAGCUGAAGCAGUGGGUUCAGCUGGUCAUCUUGUCAUGUGAAGACCAUCUUCCUACAGAGUCUAGGCUGGCCGUCGUUGAAGUCCUCACCAGUACUGCACCACUUUUCCUCACCAACCCCCAUCCUAUUCUUGAGUUGCAGGAUACACUUGCUCUCUGGAAGUGUGUCCUUACCCUUCUGCAGAGUGAGGAGCAAGUUGUUAGAGAUGCAGCCACGGAAACCGUGACAACUGCCAUGUCACAAGAAAAUACCUGCCAGUCAACAGAGUUUGCCUUCUGCCAGGUGGAUGCCUCCAUCGCUCUGGCCCUGGCCCUGGCCGUCCUAUGUGAUCUGCUCCAGCAGUGGGACCAGCUGGCCCCUGGACUGCCCAUCCUGCUGGGAUGGCUGUUGGGAGAGAGUGAUGACCUCGUGGCCUGUGUGGAGAGCAUGCAUCAGGUGGAAGACUACCUGUUUGAAAAAGCAGAAGUCAACUUUUGGGCGGAGACCCUGAUCUUUGUGAAAUACCUCUGCAAGCACCUCUUCUGUCUCCUCUCGAAGUCCAGCUGGCGUCCCCCAAGCCCUGAGAUACUCUGUCACCUUCAAAGGAUGGUGUCAGAGCAGUGCCACCUCCUGUCUCAGCUCUUCAGAGAGCUUCCACCAGCUGCUGAGUUUGUGAAGACAGUGGAGUUCACAAGACUACGCAUUCAAGAGGAAAGGACUUUGGCUUGCUUGAGGCUGCUGGCCUUUUUGGAAGGAAAGGAAGGGGAAGACACCCUAGUUCUCAGUGUUUGGGACUCUUAUGCAGAAGCGAGGCAGUUAACUCUUCCAAGAACAGAAGCGGCAUGUUGAAGAAAAUUUGGGGGAUUGGAAUGGGGGUUUGUGUGGAUUUUUCCUCCACUAAAUCUGCAGGAAACAUGUUGAACAUAAAUUCAAAAAUGUUAUCCCA